AUGGACUCAUCGACUUCGGAGGGUCUGCCCCACGAUAACUUGCAGGCGCAGGCGAUCGGCCUGAUCUUCGGCUUUCCUGCCGCUGCGACGGUCGUGGUGCUGCUGCGUGUGUAUAUCCGGGUCUGGAUGCGCUCGUUUGCUGCUGAUGACUGGGUUAUUUGCGCUGCACUGGCGCUGUACUGGGCAGAGACCGUCACUUCAUACUACACAAUCAAACUACAAUACAUCGGGUACCACGUCUGGGAUAUCCCAAAAGACUACAACGCCAGCCUCGCAGCCAAAUACUCCUACGCAACAGAACUCCUGUACAACCCCAUCCUCGCCCUAAUCAAAGCCUCCAUCCUGCUCUUCCUCCUCCGCCUCACCGGCCAGAAAGUCGCCGUCCGCCGCACAAUAUGGGGCCUCAUGGUGCUUAACGCCGUAGCGGCGGUGGCUACGUUUCUAGUUACCGUCUUCAACUGCGUCCCCGUCGCGUCGCACUGGAAUCCAGAUGCGUAUCCGGAUAAGAAGUGCGUCAACUUUGCAGACUUUGUCACGGGCACGGCGUCGGUGGCUAUCUUUACGGAUUUUCUCGUACUGCUACUUCCGACGUGGAUUGUGUAUAAUCUGCAUAUUGCGAGAAAGCAGAAGAUUAUGCUUGUUGGGAUUUUGUCGUUUGGUUUGAUGUACUCCCACUCCACCAACCAACACUACAAAGAAGAUUGGAAUGCUAAUGAGAAUGGAUUUGGUAGAACCGUCCUAGCAGGAAUAAUCCGCGUCAUCCUGCUCGACAAAUUCGACCGCAACAUCCCCCCCGACUCCAGCUACAGCGUGCUCUUCUGCAUCUCCACAAUCGAAGUCGGACUCGCCUUUGUAGCUGCCUGCGCGCCGGCCCUGAAGCCCGUCUUCGUGCGGCUCGUCCCGAAACUAUUCAGCACGACUAGUCGCAGUGGGAGGUAUAACCGGGGUGCUGGGGGUGCACCUUAUGAGUAUGGGUACGGGUAUGAUCUUGACCAUGUGUCGAGGUCGCGCAAGACACAAGGGGGGAAUACGACGUCUGUGCUGGGUGGGGAUGAGGAAGGGGGUGGUUCUGCGGCGUAUGGGAGUAAGGCAGGAUCGAAAAGGAAGAAUGGGAUUAUGAUGACGACCGAGACUGAAGUCAAAUGGGAUGAUUCGCCGGGGACGGUGAAUGACAGGACGGUGAAUGAUAGUAGUACAGAGAGUCUGGUGCAGCCGCGGAGGUAG